GGGCGCCGACUGCAGCUCCAGCCCGCCGUUGCUCAAGAUCGGGUCAGUUCAUGCUCAACAGCAGCAGCAACAGCAGCAACAACAGCAGCAGCGUUCUCAGCAACAGCCUCAGCCGGAGCAGCAGCAACUGGGCGGAGGACCGGGGGCCGGCACGGGGGCGGCUCCGAGGGCCGGAGGGAUGUUCUGCUACCAUUGCCCCUCGGGUCUGCCGGCCCCGAGACUCCCUCCAUCGCUCGAGUAUCCUUUCGCCCCGACGCAUCCUUACGCAAGUUAUUCUGCUUAUCAUCCAGCGCUUCACGGCGUUGGAGAAGAUUCGUUUGUUAGGAGAAAACAACGGAGAAACAGAACAACAUUUACGUUACAGCAACUAGAGGAGCUCGAGUCUGCUUUUGUUCAGACUCAUUAUCCAGAUGUCUUUACAAGGGAGGAUCUUGCAAUGAAAAUUAAUUUAACCGAAGCUAGAGUUCAGGUCUGGUUCCAGAAUCGCCGUGCCAAGUGGCGCAAGAGCGAGCGGCUGAAGGAGGAGCAACGGAAGCGCGACAGCGCGACCUCGAGCGAGCAGCAGCAACAGCAACAGCAUCAACAGCAUCAACAGCAACAGCAACAAAUGGAGCCUGGCUCCGAGGAGGGGCCCCCGGGUCCUCAGGAGGCGCUCAGCGGCUCGCGGAGCCCGAGCACGACCUCGGCCUCGGUUAGCCCGCGGCCGACCCACGGGCCCACCUCCUCCUCGGCCUCGCCCCAGCCCGCCCCGACGCCGAACUCAGCGUCCCAGCAGCAGGACCGGACAACGGCGGCACCCUCCACGGAUCAGCUCCCCGGCGCUGGACCGCCCGCGGAGAGCCUGGGCGGUAGCGCGGGUGGCGGUGGUUUCCGGCCCGUGGAAACGACGGCUACCAGCCUCUUCUUCUCGCCGCAUCUCGCGGCUCAGUUCUCGCCCCCGCUGUUCGCCUCGAAGCUCCAGGUGAGCAGCCCGAGCUCUUUGGCCGCGGGUGGAGCAUCCCUCUGGAGCAGCGCUGUCGAGUCUCGUGCGGCGAGCUCCGGCCCCGGGAGUAGCCUCCAGGAGAUGCUCUCGUGGUCGCCAGCGGGCUGGGCCAGCUGCGCGGGCUCCCUGUGCGGAUGCUGCGGUAAGGGCGGGGCCGGGGAGGCUCAGCGCAACAGCAGCCUCGCGGAGCUACGGCGCAAGGCCCAAGAGCACACGACGGCCUCGGCCCUCCUUGGGGGCCUCGCCGCUGGCUUUCACUUCCCGCCCCUGCCCCUGCCCCUGCUGCCACCACUGCUGGGGCUCUCGCGACGGCCCGAGCAUCACCAUCACCAGCAGCAUCACCUGCACCCGGGGGUCGUGCACCAGCUGCAGCCGGCGAGCAAGGAGGAGCCAUAGGACCAGCUUGUGCCUGCCAAAGACAAUAGCGGCGCACGCUCGAAAGGACGCGCCGUCGUGUCCGCGACUGCCUGACUAUUGUCGGAAAGAGGCGCGUGGCCUCGAGAGCGAGACAGCG